UCGCUAGCCAGUUAGCCUUCCUCGAUGAUCAUCAUGAAGCUCCUCCUCACGAUCACCGGCCUCGCAGCCCUUUCCACCGCAACACCAACCUCGCCUUCCACACCAACUGGCCGCAUCAAGGACCCCUGGGGAGACUUGAUGACCAUCCUGGGCUUCUACCAACAUCCCGAAUGCAGCCAUGAAGACCCUUACUGGUACAUGACCACCAGGCUCGGUACGUUCCUAGCCGUAAUGGACGAGACGGAAGGCUGCCAGAAUGUGCCGGACGUAUGGGGAGAUGUGAGAGUCAUCAAAGUGGAGCGUCAAGAUAGGAAGUGCAAAGUAACGGUGUAUGCCAACCCCGAUUGCAAUCCUGCCAGCGGAAGCGGGAUCCCUAUUCCAGAGGAGACUUGUGUUCCCUCCGAGCCGGAAAAGACUUGGAAGAGUUUCGCUAUCAGAGGCUGUUUGGAUUGAGGAACAUGUGGCCUGGUUACCAGGGCGGCCUUCAGAGAAUGUUUAUACACAGACAGUGUAUGAAACUGCGUUACACCUGAUGUCGAAUAGGCAAGAACGACAUUGAAAACAAACUCC